UUGAUAUUUGGAACUCAUGUCGAACAUCUAUGAAGAGAGGUUAACAAUGAUUGCAGCAGGGGAUUUGCAGGAGUUUGUCCCUUUUGGCCGUGACCACUGCAAACAUCAUCCUAAUGCGCUUAACCUGCAACUACGGCAGCUGCAACCAGCCUCAGAACUUUGGUCAUCAGAUGGAGCAGCUGGUUUGGUGGGGUCACUUCAAGAAGUUACCAUCCAUGAGAAACACAAGGAAAGUUGGAAGUUAAGGAAGGGCAUCAGUGAGGUUGGGGAAGAAGUAGAGUAUGAUGAAGAACUGUAUGUGGCUGGUAAUAUGGUCAUUUGGAGCAGAGGAAGUAAAAACCAAUCUUCAGCAGUUUAUAAAGCAUUUACUGUUGACAGCUCUGUUCUGCAGGCAUUGUGGUGUGAUUUCUCAAUACCCCAGGAAAAACCUGAAAGAAAUAAAGUAGAAAAGUGUAUCUGCAUAUUACAGAGCUCUUGCAUAAAUAUCCACAGUAUUGAAGGAAAGGAUUACACUGCUUCUUUACCCUUUCAGGUAGCAAAUGUCUGGCCAACCAGAUAUGGCUUGUUAUUUGAACGGAGUAGUUCGUCACAUGAAGUAUCUCUAAAUCCAAACAGAGAACCUUUGCCUACUAUGUUCAGCAUGCUCCACCCAUUAGAUGAAAUAACACCAAUGGUUUGUAAGUCUGGAGCAGCUUUGUUUGCCUCUGCCAGAAUACAGUAUGUUGCUGAUUAUUCCAUGAGAAUAGUUUUCGUCAAUGCUGAGCCCUCCAUUCUCAUGACAUACGAUGCCUCUCAGUGCUUGCAUUCCAUAUGGGCCCUUCGAAGAGUAAAAGCAGAGGAGCAAAGUGCAGUCUUGAAGGUCUCUGAGCAGACAUGGACCCCACAGCAUGCAGCUGCCAGCAGUUCCUUCACUGUCCAUCUUAAGAAUCUAUCUAAGGGUGACUCACCUAUGGCUUCUCCAUUCCAGAACUAUUCCUCCAUUUGCAGCCAAAGCAGGUCGGCAUCAUCCCCCAGCAUCCAUUCCCGUUCACCUUCCAUUUCCAACAUGGCAGCAUUGAGCCGAUCUCAUUCUCCAGCCUUAGGGGUGCAUUCUUUCUCAGGGGUACAGAGAUUCAACUUUUCCAGUCAUGUUCAGUCGCCUAGGAGGCACAGUGCCUACCAUUCUCCAAACAGUGCUACUGAGUCAUUUCUUGCCCCAGAAACUGAACUCAUUGUUCCAGAACUUUGCAUAGAGCAUCUAUGGACAGAAGCCUUCACUACCCUGAGGGAGAAGAAUUGUCAAGCCUCAAAAGUAUUCAUUACAACUGAUUUUUGUGGGCAAAAGUUUUUGUGCUAUUUAGUAGAAUCCCAGCUCCAAUUACGGUGUGUAAAGUUUCAGCAGAGUAAUGACAAGUCACAGUUGAUCUUUGGUGCCAUUACCAAUAUCCAGGCAAAAGAUGCAGCUCCAGUUGAUAACGUUGAAACAAUGCUGGUUCUGGAAGGCAAUGGAAACUUAGUGCUAUAUACUGGAGUGGUUCGAGUAGGAAAAGUAUUUAUACCUGGUUUACCAGCUCCUUCAAUGACAAUGUCAAAUCAAAUGCCUCGUCCAAGCACUCCCCUGGAUAGUAUCAGCACUCCUUCCAAGCCUUUGAAUAAACACCUUGGUCCCUUAGACGAGCAAGGUGUGCUGUCCCCUGUUCCAGAGUUGAGGGAUUCCUCCAAACUUCAAGACUCCUCUUAUAUUGAUGAUUGUACUUUUCAGCAACUUUCAACUUUUAUUCAUUCUGUAAGAGAUCCUGUUCAGAACAGAGUGACUCUGGAAUUUAAUAAUGGCUCAAUGGUUAGAAUCACCAUUCCUGAAAUUGCAACUUCAGAAUUAGUCAGAACAUGUUUACAAGGCAUUAAGAGUAUCCUUCCCAAAGAGACUGCUGUCCAAAUACUUGUCAGAUGGUAUAAUGCCUACAAUGCACCUGGAGGGCCAAGCUACUAUUCAGAAUGGACCUUAUUUGUGACCUGUCUCUUGAACAUGAUGGGUUAUAACACAGAGAGAGUGGCAUGGACACGCAACCUUGAUUUUGAAGGAUCUCUUUCGCCAGUCAUUGCUCCCAAAAAAGCUCGGCCUUCAGAGACAGGAUCAGAUGAAGACUGGGAAUAUUUACUAAAUUCGGAUUACCAUAAAAAUAUUGAGUCUCACCCUUUGGCUAAAGCUCUGCGACUGGAUCCAUUGGAAGCCAAAUUCCCUAAGGAUAAUCCUUCACACAACCACUGCUUGGAUUCCACCACUCUUCUCUUCCCCCACAUCCCUGUAAUUUUCUGUGUGCUGCAUUUAAUCUAUGAGGAACUCAAGCUGAACUGCUUGAUGAGUGAAGGAAUUCGUUCUCUUGUUGUUCUUCUGGUACAACUGGCAAGGGAUUUAAAACUGGAAGCUUAUCUUGACUAUUACUACAGAGACUAUCCGAUGCUUGUCAAGGAUUCCAAGCAAACAUGCAUAAUUGAUCCUACCCAAACAGGCUUUAUGCAUCAUCCUUCCUUUUUUUCGGCUGAGCCACCAAGUAUCUUUCAGUGGCUGUCUUCUUGUUUGAAAGGAGAAAGUGUGUCACCUUAUCCUUACUUGCCUGGAAUCUGUGAAAGGAGCAAGCUGGUAGUGCUGAGCGUUGUACUGUAUAUACUUGGUGAUGAAAGUGCUGUUUCAAAUGAAGCCUCCAACUAUUUGUCCAGGAUAACAACAGGACAGCGAAAGCAGCAGACUGAACAGGAAGAAUCUAGCAGGUGCAAUGUGAGGAACAGCCCAUCUGCUUCUAGUCUUGCAGAAAAACUAGUUGUCUGGAUGGCAAAUGUAGGAUUCACUUUAAGAGACCUGGAGUCUUUGCCGUUUGGAGUUGCUCUUCCUAUCAGAGAUGCCAUCUAUCACUGUCGACAACAGCCUGCCUCUGAUUGGCCAGAAGCAGUCUGCCUUCUGAUUGGUCGUCAAGAUCUUUCCAAACAGGCUCGUGAAGGAAACCUGCCAAAAUGUAAAGCAUCUGACCCACAAAUGUUGUCAUCUGAUAUGCCUGCCACAGUGGAGUCAGAGGAGGACGAUGAUGGGAUGAACGAUAUGAACCAGGAAGUGAUGGCACUGAUAUGGAGUGAAGACCUGAGAGUGCAAGAGGUGCGCAGGCUUCUACAAAGUGCCCAUCCAGUCCGUGUCAAUGUAGUUCAGAUGCCAGAAGUCAGUGACCAUGAAUAUAUUGAAGAAAAAGAAAACCGGCUUCUGCAAUUGUGUCAAAGAACUAUGGCUCUCCCUUUGGGAAGGGGGAUGUUUACUUUGUUUUCUUAUCACCCAGUUCCAACGGAGCCGUUGCCUAUUCCCAAAUUGAACCUGACAGGCCGGGCUCCCCCUAGGAAUACCACAGUGGAUCUCAACAGUGGGAACAUAGAUGUGCCUCCUAAUAUGGCUUGCUGGGCAAACUUUCACAAUGGUGUGGCUGCUGGGUUGAAGAUAGCUCCAGCUUCCCAAAUAGACUCUGCAUGGAUUGUCUACAACAAACCCAAAAACGCUGAACUUGCCAAUGAAUAUGCGGGCUUUCUCAUGGCUCUGGGUUUGAAUGGCCAUCUCACAAAGCUUGCAACACUCAAUAUCCAUGACUACUUAACAAAGGGUCAUGAGAUGAUGAGCAUUGGGUUAUUGCUAGGCGUUUCUGCUGCCAAGUUGGGCACAAUGGAUAUGUCUAUCACCCGGCUGCUUAGUAUCCACAUACCGGCUCUUUUGCCUCCAACUUCCACCGAACUGGAUGUUCCUCAUAAUGUGCAAGUGGCGGCUGUGAUAGGAAUAGGCUUGGUGUACCAAGGGACAGCUCAUAGGCACACUGCUGAAGUUCUCUUGUCAGAAAUAGGGCGUCCCCCAGGUCCUGAAAUGGAAUAUUGCACUGAUAGAGAGUCCUAUUCACUGGCCGCUGGCUUAGCUUUGGGCAUGGUUUGUCUUGGGCAUGGCAGCAAUUUGAUAGGCAUGUCAGACCUGAAUGUGCCUGAGCAGCUCUAUCAAUAUAUGGUUGGUGGCCAUCGGCGUUUUCAAGCUGGAAUGCACCGUGAGAAACACAAAUCUCCAAGUUAUCAAAUUAAGGAAGGAGAUACUAUAAAUGUGGAUGUAACUUGCCCAGGUGCAACUUUGGCAUUAGCCAUGAUCUAUCUCAAGACCAACAACAGAUCGAUUGCUGAUUGGCUUUGUGCUCCAGACACAAUGUAUUUGUUGGACUUUGUAAAACCAGAAUUCCUUUUAUUGAGGACACUUGCUCGAUGCUUGAUUAUGUGGGAUGAUAUAAUGCCCAGUUCAAAAUGGAUUGAUAGCAAUGUGCCACAAAUUGUUAGAGAGAACAGUGUCUCACUCCAUGCAACUGAGAUGCCCUCAUCAGAAGAUCUUAAUUUGGAGACUUUGGCGCAGGCUCAUGUCUAUAUCAUUGCUGGGGCCUGUUUGUCUCUGGGUUUUCGAUUUGCUGGUUCAGAAAAUCUGGCUGCAUUUAACUGUUUGUUUGCAUUUGCAAAAGACUUCAUGAAAUGUUUAUCAUCAGCCACAGCUUCCAUUGCUGGACACUAUAACCUAGAGACUUGUCUGAGUGUGGUGUUGCUUUCCCUUUCAAUGGUGAUGGCAGGAUCUGGGAACCUGAAGAUCCUUCAGCUCUGUCGUUUUCUACACAAGAAGACUGGUGGAGAAAUGAACUAUGGAUUCCAUAUGGCACACCAUAUGGCUCUGGGACUCCUCUUUCUGGGAGGAGGAAGAUAUUCACUUAGCACUUCAAAUUCAUCAAUUGCUGCUCUUCUUUGUGCGCUCUACCCUCAUUUCCCAGUUCACAGUACUGAUAACAGGUAUCACCUUCAAGCCCUGCGGCAUCUGUAUGUCCUGGCAGCUGAACCCAGACUCCUUGUCCCUGUGGAUGUAGAUACAGAUACCCCUUGCUAUGCAUUGCUGGAGGUUACCUACAAGGGAACUCAGUGGUACGAAGAAACAUCUGAGGAAUUUAUGGCACCCACCCUUCUCCCUGAACUUCACUUACUGAAGCAGAUCAGAGUGAAAGGUCCCCGAUAUUGGGAACUGCUGAUCGAUUUAAGCAAAGGGCUGCAUCAUUUAAAAUCAAUUCUUUCAAAGGAUGGUGUGCUCUAUGUAAAACUCAGAGCUGGGCAGCUUUCAUACAAAGAAGACCCCAUGGGCUGGCGAAGCUUGUUAGCACAGACUGUAACUCACCGAAAUGCAGAUGCCUAUGCAGUGAAGCCAGAAGCUAUUUCUGCUUUCACAUCUGAUCCAGCACUGCUUUCAUUUGCUGACUAUUUUUGCAAGCCAGCUGCUACUAUGGGGCAAAAACAGGAAGUUUUUGACCUCUUUUCAUCUAUUCUGUAUGAGUGUGUUACUCAGGAAAAUCCAGAGAUGUUGCCAGCUUAUAUAGCAAUUGACCAGGCCGUGAGACGAUUAGAAAAAAAAGAAAUGUCUGAGACAUUUGACUUGUGGCAGAUAAAGUUGGUUCUAGAGUUUUUUAAUUCCAGAAGUCAUCAGGAAAGAAUAAGGAAAAAUCCACAUGCAGGGCUUUUCAUGAAUUCAGAAUUUUUACCUGUGAUGAAGUGUUCUAUCGAUAAUACCUUGGAUCAGUGGCUGCAAGCUGGCGGUGAUAUUUGUUUGCAUUCCUAUUUAAGUGGACAACUUAUUGAUGAAUCUCAAUUAAGUAUGUUGGCAUGUUUCCUUACAUAUCAUUCAGUCCCAAUUCCAGGACAGCUGUUAGCUGGAGGCUUGGAAGGUAGUACAAGUUUUUCUGAGCUCCUCUUGAAAUUCAAACCACUGAAGAUGCCAGUUCGUGCACUGCUGAGGCUUGCACCUCUUUUGCUGGGAAAUCCACAGGCAAUGACUUUGUGAAACCAAUUACGCAAGAUUGACUUAUCUGAGUAACCAGACACAGUACCAAUGUAGUAUUUUACAUGGAAUGAAAGAUACAUAGCAAAGAUAUACCUUUGCUUUCAAGUUCACAAACUUAACAUCUAACACAUUUUUCCAUUCCCUUUUUAUGUUUUCAGAGUGAUCAAGAGAGGUUUAUAUAUAUUGUUGGACGGCUGACAUGCCAGUACAAAUUAAUACAUUUACUUUUGUAAAUAA